GGAAACAGCGUCGGAGCUCGCAGUCGCAGCAAGCAGCUAAAGAAGCCUAAUUUCUUCAUCAUCUUCUCUCCGAUGGGCUCUCUUUUCUACCUGAAACCCAAUACCAUCAUUCAUGUCACUCCCGGUUCCAACGCUUCUUCCCUCUUCCACCCUUCCUAUUUCCCGCCUCGGCCUCGGCGUCAGACUUUUCGCCUUCGACCCACUUCGCAUUCUGCUGCUGUCAAUAAGCGAAGCAAAUCAUCUUCCAACUCUACUACUACUACUACUACCCUUCGUUGCGAGCUCGAUGGCAAGGUCAAUGGCUCCUCCCUAUCCCCUGAAUUCGACCCUCGAUUCCUUGACCGGGUGUGCUAACUGUUGAUUUUGGUUCCAGCAAAAGGCACUUGAAGCAGCAAUGAAUGACAUAAAUGGCUCAUUUGGGAAAGGAAGUGUUACACGUUUGGGUAGUGCCGGUGGAGCAUUGGUCAGUGAGACAUUUCCCAGUGGCUGUUUGACUUUGGACUUUGCUUUAGGUGGUGGGCUUCCAAGAGGGAGAAUUGUAGAGAUAUACGGCCCAGAAAGUAGUGGAAAGACCACCCUUGCGCUGCACGCAAUUGCAGAAAUCCAGAAGCUAGGUGGCAAUGCAAUGCUUGUGGAUGCCGAACAUGCUUUUGAUCCUGCAUAUUCAAAAGCGCUAGGGGUAGAUGUAGAAAAUUUGAUUGUUUGCCAACCUGAUCAUGGGGAGAUGGCACUCGAAAUUGCAGAUCGUAUGUGCAGAUCUGGAGCUGUGGAUCUUAUCUGUGUUGAUUCUGUGUCGGCUCUUACCCCACGAGCAGAGAUUGAAGGUGAGAUUGGGAUGCAGCAAAUGGGUCUGCAGGCACGGCUUAUGAGUCAAGCAUUGCGUAAAAUGUCAGGAAAUGCUUCAAAAGCUGGGUGUACCCUUAUAUUCCUUAACCAAAUUAGAUACAAGAUCGGUGUAUAUUAUGGGAAUCCAGAAGUCACUAGUGGAGGAAUUGCCUUGAAAUUCUUCGCAUCAGUUCGUCUUGAGAUACGCUCUAUUGGGAAGAUAAAGUCUGCUAAAGGAGAUGAAGAGGUAGGGCUCCGUGUUCGUGUAAGAGUACAGAAGAGUAAGGUGUCAAGGCCAUACAAGCAAGCUGAGUUUGAAAUCAUGUUUGGAGAGGGAGUCAGUCAACAGGGAUGCAUAUUAGAUUGUGCAGAGAUGAUGGAUGUCGUUCUAAAGAAGGGCUCUUGGUAUAGCUAUGAGGACCAAAGGUUGGGGCAAGGAAGAGAAAAAUCGUUGCAGUACCUGAAUGAAAAUCCUCUUCUGCUUGAAGAAAUAGAGAAGAAAGUUCGAUUGAUGAUGACAGACUCGACUGUGCUAACUGGCCCUCUGCAUGCAAGGCAAGUAGCAGCAUUGUCCCAGGACGAGAACAUGUUUGACGAAAUCUAGUAGAUGAUGCGAUCACGGAGUUAACUUUAAGUACCCUUUGCUAGCAAAUCGCUGAAGAGUCACAGAAGCAUCGGAAGUAAGAUUGGCCAAGGUACUCUUCUCAUAUUUUUCCAUGCAACUGUGAUCUGUUAUCACGAGACACUGUCGGCCUCUACCACUAGAGAUUGCUGCACUAGAAGGCUGGAUUUUGAGAAGAGAAAGAGGUUGAGAAAGAAAAGUUGGUUGCUAAAUGCUAACUUCUUUCUGCGUCAGGAAAAGAAAAGCAAGGAAACGAUUCAAGGUGGUAUAAAUACUGCAAGAGUUCAUAGGGGUAUCUUGUAGCUCCAUGCUUGUGUAUUGCCAACACCACUAUGUGAUGCUUAGUAAAUGGUGCCCAUUAUUUCAAUUUAUUCGGCAAGCAUGUAGGUUUGAUCAUUUAGACUUCAAAUAGUUUACUUGGGUGAAUGAUUCAUUCCUCAAUGCCCUGCUAAGCAGGAAGUUCAAAGUAGUUCUUCAUCUUGAGCAGGUUUUGCCUGUAACAUAUUUGCACCUGUAAGCUAGUGACGUCGAUUCAUUUGAGUGAGUAGCUUUAGUUGCUUCAAAAACAAGUUUACUGCCAAGUUUGACCAAAGCACAAAAUUAUUGAACACAAAGUAGUAUCAAUGUAUUUUCAUGAGAAGACCGCAAUCACAAUUAAUACACAAACAUACAACUGGUCUUUUUGUUCUCGUGCAUCUACGUAGUU